AUGUGGAGGGCAUUGGGUGUCUUCCUUGGCUUCCAGCUGCUGGCCGGUCUUUGCAGUGGGGUGACGGUGACGCAGAAGGAGAAGUUUAUAGCCAUCCAGAAUGGCCGCGAGGCAAGAAUCCCAUGUGAACAUGAUGACAAAACUUACAUUACUGUCCUGUGGUAUCAGCAGAAGGGUGCAGAAAGGCAGCUGCAGUUAGUAGCCUUCUCCGUAGAUGGGAAUCCAGCAGUAAUAGAAGAUCAGUUCAAAACCAGAUUCAAUGUGACACGGCCAGCAACACUGAACACCUCCCUGACAAUCAACCCGGGGACGGUUGAAGACACUGCAGUGUAUUUCUGUGCAGCUACACUGGUUGAUUCGGAUGCUCAGGUGCUCAGAUCAACCAACCCCCGAGUCUGGUCCUGGAAAAGGGACACCGAGCCCAGCUCGUAUGUAACCAAACCUAUGGGCAUAACAACAUGUUCUGGAGGCGCAGAUGUCAGCUUCAAUCAGACACUGAGUCUGGUACUGGAGAGAGGAAAAACAGCGGAGCUACAAUGUGAACAAAAUAUUAAUUAUGAUUACAUGUACUGGUACCAGCAGCUUCAGGGCAAAGGAUUGCACCUGAUCUAUUACUCCUAUGAUACAGCUAAAACACUGAAUCCUUACUUAACAACCAGUAACAACCAGGCCUUGUCUAAACCUGGGGAAAAGAUGACCUUCCAGAACUCCUACAGUGCAUGA